GACCCGACCCGGGGAUAAAUAGACGGCGCGGUCUGGGCUCUGCACAGUCGCCCUCCCGUCUCCUAGAGGCCGUCCUGAGCUGUCGGAGCCAGCACCGGAUCCCGCACCAGCACCGCCGCAGGAUGGAGCGCCCGCAGCCCGACAGCAUGCCCCAGGAUUUGUCAGAGGCCCUGAAGGAGGCCACCAAGGAGGUGCACAUCCUGGCAGAGAAUGCCGAGUUCAUGAAGAACUUUCAGAAGGGCGAGGUGACCCGAGAAGGCUUUAAGCUGGUAAUGGCAUCUCUGUACCACAUCUAUGUGGCCCUGGAGGAGGAGAUCGAACACAACAAGGAGAACCCGGUCUUUGCCCCUCUCUACUUCCCGGAGGAGCUGCACCGAAGGGGGGCCCUCGAGCAGGACAUGGCCUUCUGGUACGGGUCCCGCUGGCAGGAGGCCAUCCCCUACACACAGGCCACCAGGCGCUACGUGCAGCGACUCCAAGAGGUGGGGCGCGCCGAGCCCGAGCUGCUGGUGGCCCACACCUACACCCGCUACCUGGGUGACCUGUCUGGGGGCCAGGUCCUCAAGAAGAUUGCUCAGAAGGCCCUGGACCUGCCCAGCUCCGCAGAGGGCCUGGCCUUCUUCACUUUCCCCAACAUCGCCAGUGUCACCAAGUUCAAGCAGCUGUACCGCUCCCGUAUGAACACUCUGGAGAUGACCCCCGAGGUCAAGAAGAGGGUCCUGGAUGAGGCCAAGACUGCCUUCCUGCUCAACAUCAAGCUGUUUGAGGAGUUGCAGGGGCUGCUGACUCAGGACGCCGAGGACCAGAGCCCCUCGCGGGCACCAGACCUUCGCAGGCGGGCCGGCAGCAGGGCGCAAGACUCUGCUCCCACAGACGCAUCCAGGGGGAAGCCCGAGCUCGGCAUCCUCUCCCAGGUGCCGCUCAUGCGAUGGGUCCUCAUGUUCAGCUUCCUGGUGGCAACGGUCGCCGUGGGGCUUUACACCAUGUGAAUGUAAGCGUGCUGGCUCCUGGCCGUGGACGCUUUUUGGAGGGGGACAGCCUCUUGGCCGACUUC